AGAGACACAAAAGUUAUAUAUUUAUUGAAUACAAUACUUAAGACAAGUUGUCAAACAAUGACAUGAUUUGACACUCAAAGACAAAAUCAAAUGAUGACUGAAAUGGUUGUGAAGCCAAUCGUGAAGAAUAGUUUCAAUGUAUUCAAUACGAUUGAAACGAAGACCGCCGGUCGUCGGUCACAAAACACUAUUGUUUUGCCUCAAAGACACUUGUCUUUGAUGGCACUCUCGUUAGGAUUUCUUACGAUAUGGAUAUUAGUGAUGGCAUCAGUGUUGGUGUCCAACUCAUACAAAGACAAUGUAUCGGCUAAACAAACACUUCAAGUGUUGCGGACACACAAAGAAAUGGCCAGAAUUGUGUUCGCCAUCGGACACGAAAUGGUAUCAACUGUUGAUUGGUUGGUAUCGAUUGAGCCCAAGAGUCACACAUCAUUGACUAUUGAAGAAGCCAUUGGUAUCACUUGGAAAAUGACUGAUUUGGUGAUCACAGAGAUUAGAAAAGAGCUUAGAGGUCGUGAUUUGACCGAAAUGUUAAAAUUAUUGUCUUUAAUUGAGUUACGUUUAUCACAAUUACGGGCCAAUAAUGUGUUUGUCGGACAAAAUCCGAUAAAAAUAAUCAAAUUUUAUGACAUAAUGUUUGAAAUGAUUGAAAGAAAAAGUUUUUCAUUGGAUUCUGAGUCCAAUCCAUCGUCUAUUAAGUCAGACAUCCAGACAUCGAUAACUUAUCCUCUAUUUAUUAAAGGAAUGGCUAAACGUUUUGUUGAGUUGUCAUUUGGUACUGUUUUUAUUAGGUCUGACAUUACAAUCAAUAAAUCGGAUUAUUAUUAUUAUCACUUUAUUAGUAAACAACUUAUAGACAGUGCUUUUCAGUUGAAUCCGAAAGUACAGAACCGAUAUCUCGAGCUUCAUGAUAGUGACAGUUCAUCCGAUGUUUUGAUUACUCUAUUAGACGAAAGUAUUGACCGAAAAGACAAUCAUUUAGCGAAUCUUUACUUGAAUUCAGUCAAGAAUGAGAUCGCAAUACUUCUUCGCGCUAAAGAUUUUCUCGUGACUUCUGUGUCCUCACACGCAACUCAAUCACUGGUUGUCAUCGAAAAAGUUCUGGCAUUUCAUCUUACAGUUGCUAUCAUUGCUAUCUUCACUGUCUUUUUAUGCCUUACUUUAUUGUGCUCAGCAUUUGGUCGAAAACAUGACAAUAAAACAAUGUCUGAUAUGAAUGUUGACCGAAACGAUCCGAUCUAUAGUCUUGAAUUUGAUGACAAAAUCAAAAUCUUUGCCACAAAUACUGCCAAAUAACAUGCAUUUUAAUGUCUCAUACAAUGAGAUGAUCUCAUUUUAUAAGUUAGUAUUAUACUUUAUAAUCGUAAUAUUUUUAUAAACCAAUUUUAACAUUUUAUUUAUUUUUUAUACAAUUAUUUACUAAUAUAAUCAAAAUAUUGCAUCCAUUGUAACAUUAUUUUAUAAAUGAUAAAAAUCACACUAUAAAUUGCACCGGUAAUACUGAAA